AGCGAAGAUAUAAGGGGUAAACCCUGAGACCGUUUUAGCGAGGUCCAACUCAGAGUUUCACAUCUUCACCCCACACGCGCGCUACGAAACACGAUUCGCGACAACAUCCUGCAAAGAACUACAGGGUCACAUCUCAUCAUGUCUACCGAAUACGACAACAAGGAUCGGAUGAUGGACGAGGACGUCAAAGACCUCAAGGAGCACGUCCAGCAUCUGGAGAAUGGACCCACCUCGACGGCCGAUGCCGAAGUCCCUUACCCCGAGACGCUCAAGAACAUGCUCGAGGCGCCGACAAGGGAGAUGCUGCAACAAGGUUAUGAUCUUGUCAAGGAGGACUCCAAGCUCAAACUUGGGGCUUCGCUCAAGAAGGAAUGGAAGCUGGUCUUGGUAUGUCUGCCGUACUUGCUUUCGAGUUUGGGCUGUGGUUUCGACAACGGCGCUACGGGUAUCACCGCCGCCAUGCCCGCAUAUCUCCUAUACUUCGGAGGGUUCGAUCCCGUCACCCACAGCUUGUCCAUCGAUUCCAAGUGGGUAGCCUUAUGGGGUUCCAUGACCCAGAUUUGUAUCGCCUUUGGUGCAAUGGUCUGCGGUUGGUUCCUGGAACGGUACGGACCUCGAAUGACCAACUUUGGCGCGAGCGUCUUCAUCCUGCCCGCCAUCGCCGUCCAGGUCCUGGCCAACUCCCCCGGCAUGUUGCUUGCUGGAAAAAUGCUGGGCGGUUUACCGAACGGUAUCUUUGUCGCUUCGGCAGCCAACUUCAUCUCCGAGGCUUGCACCCAGAACCUCCGACCGAUGAUGUCCUCUUUGUUGGGCUUCUGUGGUCUGAUCGGAGUGACUUGUGGGAUCGCUACUGGCUUCGAGAGGAUCCCGUUCGUCAACAGUGACUGGCUCUCUUGGAGACUCGUCCUCGCUAUCCAGUGGAUCUUCCCGUUUAUCACCGUCAUCGGACUCCUUUUCGUGCCUACGUCCCCGGUCUUCCUGGUCAAACGAGGCAGACCUGCCGAAGCGGCCAAAGCUCUCGCUCGGCUGCAUAACCUCAAGGACGAGUCCAUCAUUCGCGCCCGACUUGCCGUCGUCCAACACACCGUCGCCAUGGAGCAAGAAGCUACGGCUACUCUGGGAUCUGCCACCUUCAUGGACCUCUUCCGCAACCCGAUUGACAGGCAGAGGACCCUUCUUACCGUCGGAGUAUGGACAUGCUACAACAUGGCAGGAGCUGCUUUCUUGGGAAGCGGUCUCUACUUUUUGCAACAACAGGGCCUCGACGUCAUCAUCGCUACCAAGAUCACGCUUGGCAUGCUCGCGCUCAGCGGUCUGACCAACGUGCUGGUAGGAUAUUGUCUCGGACGAUUCGGAAGGCGAUUCUGCUUUGUCUAUUGCAACGCUUUCCACUGUCUCGUUCUCACCUGCUUGGGUUGCCUCGGGUUCGCUAAGAACAAGUCGGCGGGUUGGGGUGUCGCCGUGGUCUUAAACUUUGCCAUCUGCACCGCUCAGCUGUCCACCGGAGGCGCUUCUUUCGCUCUCAACGCCGAAAUCUCGUCACUCCGCUUGAGGGCCAAGACCGUCUCGUUCGGUUUCUUUAUUUCCUACUUCCUAGCGUGGUUGACCUCGUUCGUGACGCCUUACAUCUUCCAAAGUCCUGGUUAUUUGGGAGCCAAGACUGCACUCAUUUACGCUGGACUCACCGGUCUCGGUGUCGUCUGGGCCUACUUUUACAUCCCCGAGACCAACGGACGCACUGCCGCCGAGAUCGACAUCCUCUUCGAGCAAGGCAUCCCUGCAAGGAAAUGGAAGGGAACCAACAUCGCUCACAUGAUGGAGAGUCGUGAAGAGUAAAGAUCAGGGAAAGCGGGUUUGUUUGUAUGGACCGGUCGGUAGCACUGAUAGUCGAAAGUCAUGUACAAGUAGGAGGAAAGCCGUCUAGUCAGGGUACCUGAAUUCACAUGUUUCGUGCCAAAGAUGUCCACCAAUCGAUAGUUUUUGCAG